CAGACCUAAUCAACUUCAGGCUCACUGAUUAGUUACAUUGUAUAUUCGUUAUGGAGAGGGACGGAUCCAACGUGAUGGUGCUGCUCUUGCUGUUGCUGCCAUCAGCCCUGGUCUUUUACGUUGUAUGCGUCGAUAAUGCGUCGGGAUCACUUCUCUCUCGGUUUGGAAACUUUAUCCUGCAACGAUCGGCUCGUCCAUGUACCUUUCAAAAAGGUGGCCGGCCAGUCCCCGUACUCAACUUUGAAUGGCCCAAUGGCCAGGGGACGCAGAAGUUUUUCGAGGGCCGUGCUUCUUCAAUAAGAUGGCGGAAAGAAAAGGGAUACAUAUACCAAAUAUGGGCAGGCUUCAAGCCAGAAAUAGUACUUACUAGCCCCGACAACCUACGAGAUUUCUUUCACGACUCGGACAAGCAUCGAAAGGCACCUAAUAACAACAGCGGUUGGCUUAUCGGCGAGGUGUUGGGCUCUUGUCUCGGUCUGGUGAGCGGCAGCCGCUGGGUCAACAUGCGAAUUCCUUGGGAGCAUCCAUUCUCUCUCCCACAGGCCAAGUCGUACGUCGGUCUCAUGAGAGCGUCAGCUCGCGAGUUCGUUCAAAAUCUAGAAAAUCAAGCAGGGGGUUCCUCCGCCACGUUUGAAAUCCAGGCCACCCAGGCGCUGAAGAUGUUUCCAUUCUUCCUAGUCGCGAGCAUCUUGUUUGGCAAGCUGUCCGCAGCCCAAAAAGAAACCCUUACCAAGCUCGCUCCACUACGAGAGGAACUAUGGAGGGAAGGCAUCCAUGGAGGACAGAACAGGACUCUCCUAGCAAAGUACUUCCGAACUCGAGGCGCGCGCUUGCUCGAGGAGUUCAAGACCAGAUGGAGAGAUUUUAUCGAGAACGCAUACGAGGAAUCUAUCGCCAAAGGCAAGAAUGGGCACAUUGAGCAACUGUUGAAGGAGGCGAGGGAAGGGAAGAAUCUGACCGUGGAAGAAUGCAUGCAAACUGUGGACGAGAGCCUUUACGCCAAUCUUGAUGUCACAACGAGCGCUGUCACCUGGAGCCACGUACUUUUGGCCCAGCACCCAGCUAUCCAGGACGAGGUUCGGGCGGAAGUUCGGGAACAUAUGCAGUUGCCCACGGAGGAAUGGGAGAAGUACAUCAACAGAUCCGACACACUCCUGGCCUACAGCGUCCUUGAGGCAUCUCGACUUCGGCCAAUUCUUGCCUUCUCAAAUCCGGAAUCCGCGCCAACUGACAAGGUAGUCGGGGACGUUGUUAUUCCGCGAAACACGGAUGUCAUCGUCGACACUCACGCCAUUAAUGUUGCCCAUCCAUUCUGGGUCAACGGGACCGAGUACAAUCCUCACCGCUUUGAAGGCAUGCAACCUCGUCAGCAGUAUCGCUAUCACUUCUUUAGAUUCGGGUUUGGCCCUCGAAAAUGCUUGGGCCAGCAUAUUGCGGAUAGAAUGGUACGGGCACUACUCGCCGAAAUGCUCAGCCGAUAUCGCCUCUCCAUCAAGGAGUCCGUGGACAAGGACAAGGACUUUCAGCUCCAAGACCAAAGCUGGGUGCUUUUGCCGGAAGUUAUGAUGACUUGUGACCGUGUAUGAUCUGGUUUAUGGGAGUUCUACGGCUACGGGAACGUGUUCAUGAACAUUGGAAAUGAUCUCAUUUUUGGGGUUCAGCAGGGUAGUUGGGCUAGAACGCAGUAGCGACAAUCCUGGUAGGAAGUCAUGUACCUAGUCAGCUGAAAACAUUCGUAGACAACAUUUG